AAGAAGCAAAGAGAAGUGGCGUUGGGACGCCGAAAAGCUUGAAUUAAUAAAUUUGUGAUUUGAUGUGAAAAACGCCGAUAAUGAGUAAACGACGAAGAACUAGUUCAAUAGCUAGUAGAGGCCAUGAGGAAGAUUCCCUGGACAGUUUAGAAGCUUCCACAAGUAGUGGUCCCACAAUGAGGAAAAGGAGCAAAAAGCAAGAUCCAAUGGAACUAUGUCAGCAAUUAUAUGACACAAUAAGAACUCAUAAAAAGGAAGAUGGAACUCUUUUGUGUGAUUCUUUCAUCCGUGUACCCAAGAGAAGACAAGAGCCAGGUUAUUAUGAAGUGGUCACAAAUCCUAUUGAUCUGUUAAAAGUGCAACAAAAAUUGAAGACAGAUGAAUAUGAAGAUAUUGAUGAUUUACAGAAUGAUAUCGAGUUGAUAGUGAGUAAUACCAAAGCAUUUUAUAAGAAAAACUCGCAGGAACACAGGGAUGCCUUGGACUUGUGGGCUUUGUUUCUCUCAAAUAAAAACAGAUUACUAAACUCAAAAGAAGAAGAAGUUGAAUUGAAAACAAGGAACGCACGUUCCAAAAAAAGGUCAUUACCAGAAAAAAUAGACAUUGAUCACUCUGAAGAUACAUCAGAAAGUUCGGCAAAUCUUGAUGAGGAAGUUGGUAUAUAUGAGGAACUCUUCACAGCAGUUAUGACAGCUACAGAUUCUGAUAAUAAACCGCUUCACACGGUUUUUCAGCUUCUGCCCUCUAAAAAGAAAUAUCCAGAGUAUUAUGAACACAUUGACAAUCCAAUUGAUCUGAGAAUGAUUGCUCAGAAAAUUCAGAAUAAUGAAUAUUUGAGUUUAUGCGAUUUGGAGAAAGAUUUGAUACUGAUGACAAACAAUGCAUGUUUAUUCAAUGAACCUGGUUCCCAGAUAUAUAAGAAUGCCAAGGCAUUGAAAAAGAUCAUUCAAAGUAAGAAGAUUGAAGUCGAACAUGCUAAAUCUACUUCAGGAAAGAGCAGUGAAAGAAUUAGGAAUAAACGAUUGAGGGGUAGCACCUGUCUCUCUGCAGUAACAGCUGCUUUAAGAGAUGAAGAAUCUGAGAUGGAAAUGGAUCCUGAAGAAUCUAUUGAUGAUGAGCAAGCAAGAGAUCCUGCUGAUGCAGACAACCCACAAUGGAUCCUUUUUGAUACCAUUAAAAAUGCCACCAGCAAUACUGGUCAAAAUAUGAGUGAACCAUUCUGGAAGUUGCCCAGCAGAAGGUUUUAUGCAGAUUAUUAUAAAGAGAUUAAAAAUCCGCUGUCCUUAACCCAAAUCAGGAGAAAACUGCAGAACAAGCAGUAUGGAACGCUGAGUGAGGUUGCCGGAGACAUGACCAUAAUGUUUGAGAAUGCUAAAAAGUACAACCAACCAAAUUCGAAGCUAUACAAGGAUGCAGUGAGAUUACAGAAGAUCAUGCAGAAUAAAGUGCAAGAACUACUUGAUAUAAAUCAGGUAAAAACCAGAGUCACUAACAAAAUCGGCAAGGAUACAGACAGCGAGGUGGAAAGCGAUGACAAAAUUAGAAGAAGACCUAAGCCUAAGAAUAUACCAACAGUCAUAACCCCGACUAGAGGAAGAUUGCCUAGAGACACUCUUCCUCUUAAAAAGAGGCUUCAUGCCAUUGCCAAACAUCUGCUGGAUUUUACGUGCGAAGACGGCAGACAACCCAUGUUAGGUUUCAUGGAGAAGCCUUCGAAAAAACUCUAUCCUGAUUAUUAUGAAGUGAUUCAGGAACCUAUUGAUUAUAUGGAAAUCGAGUCUAAAAUCAAGGCAGAUCAGUACAGUUCCGAGGCGGAUUUGGCCAAAGACUUCAAAUUGAUGUUCGCCAAUUGUCGUCAGUAUAAUGAAGAGAAUUCUCCCAUAUACGAAGAUUCCAACAUUUUGGAGAAGCAUCUCAUGGAAAAAGUGGCACAGACUGUAAUUAUCACUCCUGAAAAAAAGGAAAAAACUGUGAUAAAGACGGUUCGACCACGAAAACCCAAUCCCCCAAUUGACAAGAAUCUGAGGAUGCUGUAUGACACAAUUAGGGAUUAUAGAGAACCGAAAGCAAACAGGCAGCUUGCCUUGAUUUUCAUGAAACUACCAUCGAAAAACGAUUAUCCAGACUACUACGAGGUCAUAAAGAACCCGAUGGACAUGGAGAAGAUAUCUCAUAAACUGAAAACCAGCUGUUAUGAGUCUGUCGACGAUCUAGCCUCCGACUUCAUUCUUAUGUUCGAUAACGCCUGUAAGUACAACGAACCCGAUUCUCAGAUCUACAAAGACGCCCUCAUACUGCAGCGCGUCUGCCUCCAGACCAAGCUGCAGCUGAAGGAGAGCGACGAAAAUAUUCCUGACGUACCGGCGGCCGUCAAUGACAUAUUACUCAAUCUGUUCACCAUCGUUUACAAUCACCAAGACUCUGAUGAGAGGUGUUAUUCGGAUUCUUUGACAGAACUUCCGGAACAUGAUGAAGUGGAUGGAAAGAAAGUACGAGCACUGUCCAUGGAUCUGAUAAAAAGACGCCUGGACAAAGGAUUGUAUAAGAGGUUAGACGUUUUCCAAGACGACUUUUUCGCAUGCUUAGAUAGGGCGAGGAGGCUUUCCAGGACGGAUUCUCAAGUGUUUGAGGAUUCUGUCGAAAUGCAAAGUUUCUUCAUCAAACAGAGGGACGAACUUUGUAAACACGGCGAACUCCUUCAAUCUACGGCCUUGAACUACACCCUUUCAGAUUUAACCUCCGCGGUUGAGGCGCUGAAACAGAGUAAGUUGCUUCAAGAGUCGCUAGAGGAAGAAACUGAGACCAGAAGCUCUGAUGACUCGAUAAUCAAGGAAUCUACCAACAUGAGCGUGGGAGAGGCCAUGACCUGCAAUCAGGAGACUUAUAAAGUGGGAGAGUUUGUCUACAUGGAUUCCAAAGAAAAAGGCUGUGAACCUCACAUUCUGGUUAUUGAAAGACUUUGGAGUAACGAAGGUCAGCACAUGUUGUACGGAAACUUCUACUUGAGACCCGCUGAAACUUACCAUGUUACAACGAGGAAGUUUUUGGAAAAAGAAGUGUUCAAAUCCGAUUGUCACGUGGCUACUUCCCUGGAGGAGGUGAAAGGUAGAUGCUGUGUCAUGAAUGUCAAGCAGUAUUUUACAAUGAAACCAGAAGGUUACGACGAAAAGGACAUUUAUGUGUGCGAAUCCAGAUAUUCCACAAAAGCAAGAUGCUUCAAGAAGAUAAAAAUCUUCCCGGAAAAUCCAAACUUGAAAUUGGUCCCUAGGGAGGUACCUCUAGAACCGAAGAGGGUCGUGUCCGUAUUCAGGGAAAGAGUCGAAAAACAUAAGGAUGAACUGGCCGAAUUGCAAGAACAAGAAAGAUUGAUCGAGAAGGAAAAACCUAAUGUAGUGACCUUUGCGGAUGUUGAGAUGGACAAUGGCAAUACUUAUUAUGAACAGUAUAACACUAUCUGUAGUGGCGUGGUUAAGACUGGUGAUUUUGUCUAUGUAGCAGCUGACGGUGGGAAGCAGAUGAUUGCUCAAAUUUGUAGCAUUUGGGACACCCCAGACGGCAAGUGCUAUUUCCGUGGACCCUGGUUCGUCACACCAGCCGAAAUAGCUCAUUCCCCAGCGAAAGUCUUUUAUAAGCAGGAGGUGUUUCUCUCCUCCAUGGAAGAUACACAUCCCAUCGUCGGCAUCGUGGGCAAGUGCGCCGUGCUAGAAUACAACGACUACAUAUCAUGCCGGCCAACGGAGAUACCAGAGAACGACGUUUUCAUCUGCGCUUCCAUGUACGACGAGAUGAACAGGCAGAUGCGCAAGCUGCCACUGGAAGGUCUGAAGAAAUUCGCGCACAGCCCGACGGUUACUGAAGAUGAGAUCUACUAUUUCACGCGGAUCAUAAACCCACCCAGGGCAGUGAUCGGUGCCGCUCCCGUGGCCGUUGAAACUCCUAAGGCCCAGGCUGCCGUUGUGCCGAUGGAGGUGGACUUGACCCCGCAGGUGACCAAGCUGACCGACAUGGAUAUCUUGAUCGAGGACUCGUUGGACGGUGGACCGCCGUCCGUGGGGUCGGGAGAGAUGCCGCCGGUGACGCCUGUAUCGAGUAAUACGACGACCACUCCCCUUACGUCUAAGAAGAAAACCCAAAAGAACAAAGUUGUUACGGGAUACAUCCUGUACUCGAGAGAAUACAGGAAGCAGAUCGUGCAGAAUAACCCAGAGUCCAAAUUCGGAGAGAUCAGCAGAAUAGUUGGUGUCGAAUGGAGAUCUCUACCUGCCCACGAGAAACAGAUGUGGGAGGAGAAGGCGUCCAAAAUGAACGAGGAGACCAAAGCCAAUCUGCUCCUCGAAGAACAGUGCGCCAGUCCUUCGGCAGCCUCGCCUGCGCCGGCACCACCUAACCCGGACAUGGUAUACGAAUGUCAAUGGGACAAAUGCGACUUCCAAUUCGAGGAGUUGUCCGACUGUUUGGAGCACUGCGUCAAAGACAGGGAGAGCCAGGGCCACGUACAGGCCUAUUUCCAGGCCAAUCCGGACGCCGAAUUGCAGUGUCAGUGGAAAACGUGCUUGCGACACAACAAGAAGAACCUCCAGCCGUUCCCCAAUCUCGCGCGUCUCGUGAGACACGUCAGAGACAUGCACAUCAAUAAGGGUAACGGCAGGGUGGUGCCCCCAAGCGAGAGGAGCAAAAACUUCGUAGGAAAUCAUCGAGUUGUGCCAGUUUUACAACCAGCCGUUCCCCCGACUCCGGAAAUUGUUUCUGCCACAUCCACACCACCAGCGGCAUCUCCGCCCGUACCUCAGAAACAGCAGGAACCAAUAUUCAUCUCAGUACCCCCAAGGCCCCAGAGGGUUUUGCAUUCAGAGGCUUAUAUCAAGUACAUAGAAGGGCUCCAGGUGGAUAACAAGUUCAUCUCUCCGUGGGAAAAAGCGUUACACGCCAAUCAAGAAAAUACACCAGCUCCAGAUCCAGAGAAACUGCAGAACGUGUCUGCAUGGUUAGGAAAGAAAGCUGAUCAACAGGAAAAUGUACUUUCAGCUCUUUGGGCUCUGAGGAAUCAAUUAAUGAAAGAUACUUUGGGACUAUACAAGAAAUAUACUUGAGUCUGCAGACAACUUGAGACUCUGCGAGAAAGAUAUCAUUAAGAUUAGCAGAUAAUUUAUUGAAUCAGAUUUUUUCGUAUUCGAAAAAUGUAAUAUGAUUUGUUCCAUAGCACUCGAAUAAUAAAAAUUACUUUCUA